UGUCAGCGGCUAGACACAAGUGCCGUCCUCUUGGCAGUAUAUACUAAGGCUCUAGGUGUUAUUGUUGUUGUAAUGUUUUAAACUUUUAUGAUCAUCUGAAGAAUUUUUUUUAAAGAUUUAAUUCGACGAUUUCCUAACUUAACAAAUACGUUGGUUGUGGCAUUUGAAUAGGAAGAUAUUUUUGUUCUCUACAUUUUGCCUUAAUUUGGGCAAAAUGUCAUGUCAUGGAUGCGCGACUUCAUUUGGAUUUUUCUGUCGAGAGCACGCGUGUGAGAACUGUGGGUUCUCGUUCUGCAACAAGUGCCUGUGCAUGAAGUGUGUGGUGCCGAAGCUGGGCUCGGAACAGCGCGUGUGCCGUACGUGCUAUUCUGCACUGACAGAACGUGAUAGGAAACCAGCUGUUGAGAAACAGUACUCGCCACCUUCAGCAUUUUUGAGGCGGCUGGAGAGCCUGGAGGACCCCAACCGGCCGCCCAUCGUGGUGUACCAGCACAACCAGCGCAUGGAGCAGCUCAAGACGGGACUGGAGGAGCCGGACCGCCUGAUCGCAGAGCGUCUGGAGAAGCUGCGCGACGACGUGCGAAGGAAGCCCGUGCCCACGGAGGAGGAGGUCGCUCGGCGGCUGGCGCAGCUCAGAGGACAGCCGUCCUUCGCCGGCGACAAGGCAGGGCUGGCCGUGGACUCGAGGACGGACCAGGAGAGGGCAGAGAACCUGGUGGAGCAGUUCCUAGAGGAGCGGGAGCUGGCCGCGAGGCUGCCGGACCCUGACCAGGAGAUAGCGAGCCGGCUGGCUGAGCUGCGGGUCUCAGCGGAGCGUAAGCCUGGGAGACAGUCGUCUGGAGGUGGGGACAAUCCGCGGCUGGAAACAGCAUCGCUGGGCGAAGUUACGGCUCUGCUGUUGCAGGUUCAAAAUGAAAUGAAAGAUGAAGAUGAAAGUGAUGUUGAGAGCACAAAUAAACAUUGUUUAAAGGAAAUGCUUUCUAAACUUGAAGCAAAACAUUCAGAAAUAAGUGGGGCUGUUGAUUCAGAUGAAGAAAAACAAGUACGAGAAAUUAUUUCAUGGGCAAUGGCUGAAGGACAGUUGAAUGAGGAUGAGAUGUCGAGUGAAGAUGGAAUGUCCACUAGCAGUGAAAACUUACCUGACGAAGUACGUUUGUGCAUCAUCUGCGACAAAGAUGCAACGCUCAAGUGCACAGGCUGUUCCGGAGACACGUACUGCAAUGAUUGCUUUUUCAAAGGUCACGAGCAGUGGGGAAUGAUGGAUCAUGUUGCAGUGAAGUAUGAUCCGCAAGCAGAGUGAACUGUUUCUGGCAUUUGCAUUGCAGCUCCCCAGUGUUUGGAAGGAAAUAUGAAAUACACGAAGAGGCUUUCUGCUAUCGUAAACAGCUAUUUUUUUUACAUAUGUAUUUGCACAGCUAUUUCUGUGAUUGAGAAUCUUACAUAGUACAGCCAGCAGACUGAAAAUUAAGACAGCUUGGCUUAUAGAAAGUAGCAUUAAUAUUAUAUAAAUGUUCCAUACAAACAUGUGAAUUUAUUACCUUAUUAUUACACCAGCACUAUUAAAUAAAUGUAAAUUAAAUUUUACCUUCUGAAUAUUAACUUGAAUACAAAUAAUACCUGAUUGUACUGCAAGUGAAAUUGAACUGUGUGCUGUUUGUGGUAUUCAUGCUGUGGCAGCCGUUCGAUGGGGCUGCUUAUUUGUAGGCAGAGUGUGUUUCAAACAUAUUAUUUAGCUUAUGCUUUGUUGUGCAGCAUAAUCGUACUAAGGUUUGUCUUUAUAAUCCUUUUUGGCCAUAGUACAUUAUAUCUGCACUUAUCAUAUUACUAUUGCUUUGCUUAGUCACAUUGCAUAUGUGAGAUGUAUGUUUGAUAGAAGCAUGUUCAGUUCUCUUUGGAAUGAAUAUAAUUUGUAUCAGUUUUGUAAGUGCUUUGAAGUUGAGCAAAAUAAAAAUAGGCAGAAAA